GAGGGCGGGGCUGACGGGAGGGCGGGGCCUGGCAACCGCGUCUGGAGUCUCCUCUGUGCUGUGGCCACACGCCUAGGGACAGAGGGCGGAGUGAACGCGCAGAUAAGGUCACGGUGGCACGGUGCUGUGCAGGGCGGAUGAGGACGUGCCAGGGCGGCCAAUGAGCUCCGGGACACUGGCUCACGGACCCUCCCUGGGCGGCGCUCCUCUGCUCCGAGGCACCGCCCUCGUGGGCAGGGUACCCCGUUGGACCACCGGACCCUAGGCCGCGCGUUACUGCACCAUCAGUGGGUUUUCCCGAUUAAAAAGAGGGGUGGUUUAGAAGGUUCCAGAGGAAUGAGGCGGGUGGGCGCAACUGAGCUAUGUUUUCUGAGCAAGGUCCUAGGGCUGGUGAUUGCAUUGGCGAAAGCAGGGCGUACACCUACUCCCUCACCUGGAUCAGGUGCGCGCCCGUUGGGCGGGUCCUGUCCGAGAGGCUGGCCAAGGAGAACGCCUUCCUCUUCCUGGGCUGGUGUGAGGAGCUCCGGCACCGAGCGGAGCGGCGGGCAUCAUGAAUAACCCUAUACCUUCCAAUCUGAAAUCCGAAGCAAAGAAGGCUGCCAAAAUAUUAAGAGAAUUCACAGAAAUAACUUCCAGAAAUGGGCCUGAUAAGAUCAUUCCUGCCCAUGUGAUUGCAAAAGCAAAAGGACUUGCAGUUUUGUCUGUGAUUAAAGCUGGAUUUCUGGUGACAGCCAGGGGAGGCAGUGGGAUUGUCCUGGCACGUCUUCCAGAUGGAAAAUGGUCUGCACCUUCAGCCAUUGGGAUAGCUGGGCUUGGUGGAGGAUUCGAAAUAGGAAUAGAGGUAUCGGAUUUGGUGAUAAUUCUGAAUUAUGACAGAGCAGUAGAAGCCUUUGCAAAGGGCGGAAACCUGACACUUGGAGGGAAUUUUACUGUAGCAGUUGGGCCCCUUGGCAGGAACCUGGAAGGAAACGUGUCCUUGAGGAGCUCUGCAGCUGUCUUCACUUACUGCAAAUCCAGGGGCCUCUUUGCUGGCAUUUCCCUGGAAGGAAGCUGCUUGAUUGAAAGGAAAGAAACUAAUCGGAAAUUUUACUGUCAGGACAUUCGAGCUUAUGACAUUUUAUUUGGAGAUGUUCCACGGCCUGCCCAAGCAGAAGAUCUUUAUGAAAUUCUUGAUUCCUUUACUGAAAAGUAUGAAAGUGAAGGACAGCGCAUCAAUUUGAGGAAAGUAGCGCAGGAGCAGAGGAAGGCUAAAGAAUUACCUCCAAAACCAUCAUCAAGACCACAGCAAUCCCGAGCACCUGGCCAGCUGAAUGCCGGCUCCCAGAGUAAUGGAAAUGAAUAUAAGCUAUAUCCUGAGCUUUCUAGCUAUCAUGAGAAAACUGGUAGUUUGAAUCAGCCAAUGGAAGUGACAGCACUGUACUCUUUUGAAGGGCAACAGCCAGGUGAUUUGAAUUUUCAAGCCGGAGACAGAAUCACAGUUAUAUCAAAGACGGACUCACAUUUUGAUUGGUGGGAAGGAAAGCUUCGAGGUCAAACUGGAAUUUUUCCAGCCAACUAUGUAACUAUGAAUUAAAGUUCCUGCUAGUUUGUUAUUUAAUAAUUACACAAAAAUAUUUCUACACAGACAGGAUUCAUUUAUUUACAUUAAUUUGUUUAAACACAUCCUUGCUCUGCAAGUAUUUUAUCCAGUUGGAAAAGAUUUUUCUCUGCAUAUAAAUAAAUGGUUAAAUUAACAUGUUGCUAAACACUUUGUAUUAACUUAAUCACAUAAACUAUUCUACAGUUGCCAGCAACAA